AUGAGCGACAACGCGACCACCCCGGAAGAUGGCUCGCCGGUAUUCCCCUCGUUUAAGCAGCCUACACGUACCCCCAGCUCAUCUCAAACACACAGUAAUGCUGCUUCUUCGGCACCAGCCCCGUCUAUCAUGAGACACCCUUCUUUCAAGCACUUCCAACGACGUCCACCAAGUGACACGCCCCUCAUGGCCGAGGACAAGACGCCACCACAGACGCCACCACAGCUAGAUCUCAGCGCGUCCGGGGAGGACUAUCUGACGAUUGAGAAGCGGCCGGUCGUCAAGCUCAGAGAAAGCAGCAUUCUGUCCAUGCUACAAGGUGCCAGUGGCACUACAGUCAGCGACACAAGCCGGGCACCAACCAGUGACUUCAGCCCAACACAUACACCCCAAUCUGCGUUUCUUAGUGCCUCUCCAGCAGAGGUGCAGACGCAUCCGACAAAACCGGUCCUACAGCACUCAUCUUCGACCCUACACAUUCCCGAUUACACGGGCCACAAACGGAAACCACGAGCAACGACGUUGGACGUGCCGGGACAGACAAGAUCCAAGGUGUCUCCCGAUGGUAUGAUCAGUUCCAGAGAUGUGGGAUCCAAGCUGAUAGUGGUCAUGGUGGGACUGCCAGCACGGGGCAAAUCGUACAUUACAAACAAGCUGUGCCGGUAUCUCAACUGGCAGCAACACAAAACGCGGAUCUUCAACGUGGGUAACACUCGACGAGAAGCCAAGGAGGCCGCGGUGGGAAGUGCAGGAGUAGAAGACCCCAACGAAGAGCACCACAACGAAACUUCUCAUGAUGCAUCCUUCUUCUCGCCCGACAACCCCCAGAGCACUGCCCAACGAGAAAUCUGGGCAAUGGAGACUCUCCAACAAUGUUUGGACUAUGUUCUGCAUGGAAAUGGAUCUGUGGGUAUCCUGGAUGCCACAAACACGACCCGAGAUCGGCGAAAGAAUGUGUUUGAGAAGAUUCAACAGCAAUCCAAGGGUCAAUUGAAGGUGCUGUUCCUUGAAUCGGUCUGUACAGACAUCGAUAUCAUAAACAGCAACAUCCGACUGAAGCUGUCGGGGCCUGAUUACAAGGACAUGGACCCUCAGACUGCUCUGGAGGACUUUACCGGACGUCUGCGAAAUUACGAAAAGGCAUAUCAGACUGUGGAGGACAGCGAGGAGAAGGAUAUGCAGGGCUUUCAGUACGUCAAGAUGAUCGACGUUGGUCGAAAGGUGGUAUGUUUCAACAUUCAGGGUUUCUUGGCUGGACAGGUGGUCUUUUUCCUGUUCAAUUUCAACCUUCUGGAACGUCAGAUCUGGAUCACCCGACAUGGAGAGUCUCAGGACAAUGUCUUGGGUCGAAUUGGGGGCGACUCGGAACUGACUCCUCGUGGAAUCAAAUUUUCUAAGGCUUUGGUUCGAUUCAUGGACUACCAGAGAGGAGAGUUUGACAGACGACAGCGAGAGAAGCUCAAUCUGGAGGAACUGCAGAGACGAGGGUCGUCAACUAUCUAUCCCCAGACCGAGUCAGGAGACGCUGACACGUCCGCUCAUUUGGAUGAGCAGGUAUUUAAGGAGAACAUCGCCGAAAUCAAGAAACUGGUGGGGGAUGGAAUGCCCAGUGUUUAUGACAAACCUGAGGAUGCGGAAGCCAAGUCUGCUGCCAUUGAUGACACCAGCGCAGGAGGCUUGGAUGAACCUUUCGAGCCUACUCCGCCACCUUGCGAUGUACCUGUGGUUACUCUGACCUCAGAUAGUGUCAAUCAUUCGACUGUGAAUCUUACUGAUCGCAAGGAAUCCACUGAUUCGGCCAAAUCGAGCGAGUCCAAUGACAGUAUGGCCAAGUCUGCCCCUACAGAUAGCACUACCUGUUCACUGGAAGAAAACUGCGCCACUUGUUCACCUGCCACAUGUGCGAAUACGUCUGCUCCUAACACUUCACAGGCCAACUUUUGUGUUUGGACAUCAAUGCUAUGUCGAACUGUACAAACAGCCUCCUUUUUUGACGAGGAACAUUACGAUGUCAAGGAGAUGCGUAUGCUGAAUGAGCUUGGAGCGGGUAUCUGUGACGGAAUGACGUACGCAGAAAUCAAGGCCACGUAUCCUCAUGAGUACGAGAACCGUAUGAAGGACAAGGUGCAAUACCGGUACCCUGGACCUGGAGGUGAGUCGUAUCUAGAUGUCAUUUCUCGACUUCGACCAAUUAUCUGUGAGCUGGAACGAAUGCAUGACCAUGCUCUGAUUAUCGGUCAUCGAGUUGUGUCUCGUGUCCUGUUGGCCUACUUCAUGAAUCUCGGAAGAAGUGCCAUUGGGGACCUCGACAUUCCUCUCCACACUCUCUACUGUCUUGAGCCCAAGCCUUACGGUGUGGAUUGGGCUAUGUACGAGUACAACGAGGAGAAGGACUGGUUCUACAAGGUCAGCAAGGAAGAGCUCAAAGGUAAGGUGCCCAUGGUGCGGUGA